CUCCUGGACGCUAAUUGAAGAGCUUUCCAAUUUCCAUGGGGGGAAAUCCGGAAUUCUGAAAAUCUCACCGCCUCACUGGCCUGGCCUUUACGUUCCAGGCGGCAGACGCCAUACUCUAAGCGCUACUUGCCACCGCGGGGUUCUGAAACUCAGCAGCGAUAUUUCGUGGAUAAUCGCGUAGUUCGUCGAACGGAAUCGAAAUCGCACACUUACGAGAACCUAAGGGUUCUCUCUUUGGACUAUAAGCCAUACAGAUGGUUCAUAAGACACGUUCGUGGAAGAAAAUUAAUGUUGACAAGGCUAAUGGGAAUGGAUCAUCCAGUUCAGGCAUGGGAAAGAUGGAUCGCCUAGGUUUAAGAAAGUCUGCUCAGGAAAUCCCAUCAAGGACUUCAAAGUCUAAACUGCUUGAGAAGCAGCCUCCACCUACACCUUGUACACAGAUAAAGUCUAGGAGACCUGAGAAACUGAACACUCUUAGUCCUUUAAGGACCCCUGAUAGAGAUAAAAGCCAUAUUCUAUACGAGGAAGAGUUGAAUUUGUCUGCCACAAAGAAAGAGAAGAGUGUGAAGCAGGUCACAAUGGAAUCUGAGAAAGUUAGCACUAGUGGUAACCAGAAUAUAUGCCUAAAAAGAAAGCGCAUUGAUGGGCGCAGUUUUAGAUCAUUGUUCAAAAUGCAACGAAGAAGAGAUGCAAUGCCAGCAAUUGAUGAGGUUUCACAAAUACCAAAUGAGUCUCCUAGACUUAGUAGUGACUCCAAGCUUGUUGGGGACAAAGUCAUUGGGGGUGGUGAUUGCCACAGAGAGGUUGCAGAAGAGUAUAGUGAAGACCAUGCUGCACAAGCUGAUGAAGUAGAUUCCCUCUCUAGUUCAGAGGGUUUAAAUACAGGAAAUUUACAUACUGAUGGAGAGGCAGAAUUGUCACAUGCAAACCAUAUACAUAUUUUGGCUAGUGAACCAAUUGUUGCUCUACCAGAAGGGGAUAGUUUAAAAGGUUCCAUAAAUGGUUGUACAAUCAGCAAAACCUUGGAUGAAACUGAAAGUCUGCCAGAGGGGUGUUCUACUGCAACAAAGAAUCUCCCAGAUUUGAUAGGCUCUACUCCUACAAGUGGUGGAUUUAAUUCACAAAAUGGAGAGCAUAGCAUUCAAAGAAAAUCAGCUGAUCGCCAAAUUGUGUGCGGAUUAGUUUGUGCAACCACUCAGUCAACAUUGGUGAAGCAUGAUAAACAUUGCUUUACUUGGUCUUGUGGUGUAUGUUUGAAACAGAAAAGGCUGGAUCAUGAUUCUCCAAAAGUAGAUCUCUGCACAUGUGUUGCCAUGCCAAAGAUGGAUUUUGGUAACAUAGCUAAUCAUAAGGAUAGAGUGGGUGUUGAAAGUACUGUUAUCAUGGGAUCUGCUGAAAGACAUUGCGCUGGGCAAUCUGGAGGUGCUAACAUGGAUUCUCAGGUGGAUAAUCACAAAAAUGUUUGUGCUGUGUGCAAGCAAGGUGGAAAGAGCCUGCUCUGUUAUGGUGAAGGUUGCAGGAGAUGCUAUCACCUCUCUUGCUUGGGUCCUAAUUUAGAUGAUAUUCCAUCUGGAGUCUGGCAUUGUCUCUGGUGUGUGAAGAAGAAGAUUAAAUAUGGUGUCCACUCAGUGUCAAAAGGAAUAGAGUCAAUUUGGGAUGCUAGGGAGGUGGAGGAGGUAUCAGGAACACAAAGGCAGAAGCAGUAUCUUGUCAAGUAUCAAGGUCUUGCCCAUGUUCACAACCAUUGGCUACCUGAAGCACAGUUAGUUAUUGAAGCGCCAUCUAUUCUUGAAGAUUUUAAACAUAAAGAUCCGGGUUUAAGGUGGAAUUCAGAAUGGACAAAGCCUCAAUGUUUAUUGAAGAAAAGGUUGUUAUUUUUCUCCAAGCUGCAUGGUGGCGAACAAAUUCUUGACGCUGGCGAUAAAUUAGAUUGCCAAUGUGAGUGGCUUGUGAUGUGGCAGGGCCUUGAUGUUGAGAGUGCUACAUGGGAAUUGGGGAAUGCUGAUUUUCUUUGUUCAUCUCAUGGUCUGAGCCUCAUUAAGGAGUAUGAGAUUUGUCAAGGAAAACAGAACAUGAUGUUCUCACAGCUUACUGCAUCGGAUAAUAGAUUGGAGCUUUCCAAGUUUAUUGAGUAUUGGCUUCCGGUUCAAGUUUCCAAUUUGCAGCUUGAGCAGUACUGUAAUACACUACUUGCAAAUAUCAAUGCUCUAUGCUCUCACUCCAAAAAAAGUGAUCCUGUUGGAGUGCUCAAUGAAGUUCUUCUCGCUGUUCGAAAGUGUUGUGUUCAUCCCUACAUUUUGGAUCAAACCGUGCUACCCUUAAACAAGGGGCUGUCUCCAUCUGAGAUUUUGGAUUUUGGAAUAAAAGCAAGUGGGAAAUUGCAUCUUCUUGACAAGAUGCUCUCAGAAAUGAAAAGCCAACAUCUAAGAGUAGUUAUCUUUUAUCAGUCUAUUGGCCCUGUAGCACUACUUGGUAAUAUAUUGGAUGAUUUUAUGCGAGGAAGAUUUGGCGCCGGUUCUUUUGAAUGUGUUGAGACUAGUCUCAGUACUUCCAAGAGGCAAGCUGCUCUCAAUGGGUUCAGGAAGCAGGAAACUGGCCAAUUUGUACUUCUAUUAGAAAAACGUAUUUGUAAUACAAGUAUUAAACUAUCAUCAGUGGAUGGUGUCAUCAUAUAUGAUGGUGAUUCUAAUCCACAGAAUGAUUUGAGGCUUCUACAAAAAUUAUCAUUUGUGUCACAGUCUAAACCAAUUAGAGUUUUCCGGUUAUAUUCAUGUUAUACAGUGGAGGAGCAAGUGCUUGUGAUUACAAAGCAAAAUCCUAAUGCUGAUAACUUACAAAGUUUAAACAGGAAUGUGAAGAACACUCUCAUGUGGGGUGCAUCACAUUUAUUCAGUAGAUUAGAAGAGUACCAUGCCAGUGACAGCCAGGCAUCAGCUUUGGAUAUAUCAUGUGGACAGUUACUUUUAAAUGAUGUUGUCAAGGAAUUCUGUGCCAUAAUUUCACAAAAUAGUGAAAUUGAUGAUAUUCAUAAUUCGGUUAUUUCCAAAGUUCUUAAGAGUUCGGGACCUUGCAUUACGGAUAUUCCAUUAUUUGGUGAGCAGAAAUUUAAGUAUACAUGUGGAGAAGAGCCUCAAGUGUUUUGGAAAAAGCUGUUGGAGGGAAGAAAUCCACAAUGGAGACAUAUAAGUGGGCCGACCCCAAGAAACAGAAAGAGAGUCCAGUACUUUGAGGACUCACCAUGUUCUCCAGAGGUUGGCAAUGAUGAUGCAGGAAAGAAACGUAGGAAGACAGUGAACAGUAGUGUGGAUGCUAUUUCCACUUUGCCUGUAUCUGAAAGCAGUCAACCUGCUGCUUUGAAUGAUGGUCCUACAAUUAAAGCUGCUAAUCAGUCAUUGCCAACAUCUACUGCCUGUCAAAACAGUGCACACAUCGGAGACCAUGCCUUUAAUUCUUCAUGCAGCCUGUCACAUGAGGUUAAUGUUGAGCCUGUGGAGAGAGUAGCCCUUCCUGAUGAGCAGAAGAGCCUUCACAUCUAUCUAAAAGCGGAGAUGGCUAAAGUUUUUGAAGUGCUAAAACUUUCGGAUGAUAUCAAACAUAUGGUUGGAAUUUUUUUAGAUUUCAUCAUGGAGAACCAUCGUGUUAGUAGGGAACCAGCAACACUCUUACAAGCAUUAGAAAUAUCUCUGUGUAGGGUGGCAGCCUCACUUUUAAAGCAAAAACUUGAUGAGAAUGAGAUGCUUAUGUUAACAAAAGAGCAUCUGGGUUUUGAAUGUACUGAAGAUGAGGCAACUAAUGUUCACCGGAAGUUGCGUUCAUUGAAGAAAGCUUUUUUGCAGCACUUGGAAAAGAAUGAAAUCACCUCAAGGCAUUCUGAACCAGCAUUGGUAUCUGUUACGGGUGGACUGUCAAAAGGGGUGGAGAAUGUUACGAAAGAAAAUGUUGUUGCAGAGCAGACCACAACUUUAAAGGAUAUAGUGGUUGAAAGUGAAACAGAAAAGAUGAUUAAGAAAGUUCAAUCCAAGUGUGACAUGAGGAUGUCAAGGCUUAAAGAAAAGCAACAGGAGGAAAUUGAGAACUUCAAAAAAGACUGUGAGGAGAAGAGAGUGGCUAUUGAGAAACAUUACAGAGUGCAGUUUGCCAUUGUCCGUGCUGUACAUUGUGAGACUCCUCUGGCAAAGAACAACCUCAAGAACUUAAAUAAUCGGUUUUCAAGGGAAAUAGAGGAACUCAACUGCCAUAAGGACUUGAAAAUGAAAGAAUUUGAGCAGAAGCAUAAAGAGGAAAUAAAUGAGGAAAUUCAAAAUACUGCUUUUUGGGUUUCUAAAGCUGAAUUGUGCAGUACUGAAGAUGCUGUAACUAAUCUGCAUUUGUAUGCAUCUGAUUCCAGAGAUGAUGUUGAAUACCUUCAAGACAGUGUAGAUACUGGUAAUAAUAUAUCUGAUUCAGGAGAUGGCACUGGAGACCAAGAUAUUGCAGACAUCGAUAAUAAUAGUAUAUCCAAUUCCAGGGAAGACAAUGGGAACCUUCAAGAUAUUGAAGAUGACAAUAGAGAGAUGUCUGAUUCAAGGGAUGAUGUUAGAAACCUUCAAGAUAUUGCAGAUGUCAAUGAUAAUCCUACGAAUGUUGCUUCUAGAGAUGACAUUUGCAACCUUGAAGAUAAUGUGGAUAUCAAUAAUCAUAACAACAAUAAAAGCAAUUCUGCAAAUGUUGCUUCUGCGGAUGACAUUGGCCACAGUCAAGAUAAUGCAGAUGUCAAUGAUCCUCCAGGUGUUGCUUCUGUGUCUGAGUGUCAUUUAGAAGCAAAUGAGCCUAUUAAUAUUUUGAAUGAAUCAGAGAGCAGCAUGGCACCUUCUAGUGUGCCCACAACUACCACAGAUGAGGUCCAAUCCAAAGAUGUCUUAUCAGCUACAGUUUCUGAGAAGCCAAUGGCGACUAUAUCCCCUGCAGAAGCAUUAGUAUCUAGUCUUAAUCAGCCCAAUAAUGUGGGUAAUAUUGAUGAUCAUUGUGAGGAUACUGUUCCAGUGGUCCCACUGACUUCUGAAAAGCAUCCUAUUGAUGAAAGCUCACUGGGGGAGCAUGCUAAUGGAUUUUCAAUAGAAGUGCAUGAAUGUGCUCGUACUGAAGAUGUUAUACACAACCAUCCAUCAGAAGUGCGCGGAAUUGCCCAUAAUGGAGUUCUGAGACAUGAGCAUCCUGCAGGAGCAAGUAUUACAACAAUGGUAAAAAAUUGUACACCUGCUAAUAAUACCGAUUUCCUGAAUAAUGAUGGAAAUGAGAAUGAUAUAGCUCACAAAUCCAUAGAUGGAAACUCAACAUCCCAAGAGCAAUUGUUAGUGGCCUUGCCCAGUUUACAGGCCGGUGCUUGUUCAGAUGAUAAUGGACUAUUACUGCAAACUCAAGAUCGGGUACCUCAAGAUCAGUGCUCCCCGCAUUUAGCAUCUAAUGAAUUGCAAUUCAAUCAGGGGCAGUUAUCAGAAUUUGAAGCUGGGUCUCCUAGAGUGGAUGAUGCCAGACGGGUUACACAGGCAAAUUGCGAGUCCAUACUGAUUGGAAAUAGUGAGCCACAGCAACUACCUUCUGGUGGCAAUCAGCCUCCUCCUGGUGAAGCUGCAUAUGAGUCUCCUAAUCAUGGGAGCAAUGAUUUACAUUGCUCUGAGACUUCUCCCCAGUUAGCUGAAGUUGAGACAGCAGCAGAGCCUUUGUGCAAUGCUGAUUCUCAAGGCAGGGUAAGUUCGGAACUGCAUGCCUCAGUUCAUCUCCCUAAUAUGACACUUGAUUGCAGUCCAACAGAUUCAUCAGUUAGUAGAAUUGACUGCCAGCCUAGUGGUGAACUGCAUUGCUCUUCUGAGAACACUCAAACUUUGCCCCAUGAAGUCAGGAUCACAAGUGAACUUCCUAACCAAGCAAUUUUACAACCUUUGAAUCUGACCUCUAUUCAGGGACCUAACGACAUGCGAAUGCAUCAUGCGCAUUUUAUGCCUUCCUUGAAUUCACCUAUUCGUAUGCUAGUUAAUCCUCUCUCAAAGGAAUUGGAAAGGAUACACAAAGAAAUAGAACAAGCAGUAAAGUCCCAUGAAGAUUGGAAGUUGCAGCAGAGAUCUGAUUGUGAAAAGGAAAUAAAGGAAAUGAUUGAACGAAUACGCAACAAAUUUGAAACAAAAAUUCUGGAGGGUGAGAAUGCUUUUUUCCUGAGAAAGAAUGAACUUGAAGGGAAUCAAAACAAAGUUCUUAUGAACAGGAUAUUGGCUGAAGCUUUCAGAUCUAAGUGCUUGGAUCCCAGGCCCACUGUGUUGCCAUCACAAAUGCAGCAAGCUGUACCUUCCAGUUAUAUGCAGCAGCAGCAGCAUCUACAGCAUGCGUCGAUGCAGCAGCCCACAUUGAGAUCUCCUGUUGGCUUAUCUUCAGCCGGACAGCAAACUCCUAAUCCAGCUUGUAUGAGUAUGAGGCCACCACAAUCAAUUGCUGGAAAUCUACGAUUAGCUGGAGACAUUCGUGCCCCAGCACCACACCUACAUCAAUUCAGACCUACAUCUGUUUCUGCUGCCAGUCCAUCACCUCUCCCGACUGCUAUGCUAGGUUGUAAUGUGGCUGCUAACAUGCCUUCAUCUUCACCUUCAUUCGCCCAUGUUGCACCUCAACAGCUGACACCUUCACCCUCCCUCCCCCGGGUUGCACCUCAAGUGCAGAUACCUUCACACCACGUUCCUCGGGUUGCACCUCAAAUGCAGAUGCCUUCACAAUCUCUCCCUCGGGUUGAACCUCAACAUCAGACGCCUUCACAAUCUGUCCCUCGGGUUGCACCUCAACAUCAGACGCCUUCACAAUCUGUCCCUCGGGUUGCACCUCAACAUCAGGCGCCUUCAUCCUCCCGCCCUUGGGUUGCACCUCAGCCACAGACACCUUCAUCCUCCCACCCUAGGGUUGCACCUUCACCCUCCCUCCCCCGGGUUGCACCUCAGUCUCAGACACUUUCAUCCUCCCUCCCUCGGGUUGCACCUCAGCAGCCACAAGUCGUAUCCUCUAAUCUUUCACAUCAGAAGGUACCAGCACCACCACAGCUACAGCCAACCACUGUAAAUAAGAACUCAGAACCCAACAAUAGAGUCGUGACAACGGGUAAUAGUCCACUAUCUGCUUUGUUGCUCAGAGAUCUUGAUAACCAACCUUUUGCAAACCAACGUAAUGAUUUACCUCCUUUACCAGAAAUCUGUACUACAUUUGAUUCAAUAGACCUAUCUGACUUUGGAACAACAGGCAAUGCAGCGGGCACCUCUGCAGCUGAACCAAAUGCUGGUGCUGAUGUGGUCUGUCUGUCUGAUGAUGAUUGACCUAUUUAUUUGUAGCAUGAUUUGUUCUUUGGCUCGCUGGUUUGUGCUCGUGCUGGUGACAUGGAGUUCUGCGUUUCUUUGUUUUAGCCUGCCUGCCUGCGCUGUGAAGAUCCCGUGGACUGAAGAUUAUACAAUUCUUUUUUCUUUUCUGUUUUGGUGAAUCAAGUGCUGCAGGUAUAUGUAAAAUCUAUCCUUUCGUAGUGUACUGGUGAAUGCUAAUAUUCUCACCCUUCUUAUAUUUUUGGUUUCUUUUUAGU